UGAACAUAAACUCCCCUUAAUUUUUGGUCUAGAUUUAUUAUUUAUAUUUAUAUUAAUUUAACUAAUUCAGUAACCUGCUUAGGUCUAAUUUAUUUUGUAAUACAUUUUUGUAAUGGCUGACUUUCUUGAUGAAAGUAAUCCUUGUGGGAUCAAUCUUCUCCGUCUUGUUUCCCGUGGUAAUGCCAUUAUUGCUGAACUUCUCCGUCUUUCUGACAUGAUACCGGCUGUUUUUAAACCUGACUUAAAGACGGAGUUUAAUCGUUAUUCCGAUAUAAUCGUGGACUUUACUUAUUUCAAAAAUUUGGAAGCAAUCGAGGCGAAAAUUGACUCAACUCCAGCUCUCCGGGACAAAGACGAUGAAAUCCGUGACAAUUAUCUUGAUAUUUUAAGUGAUUUUUACCUUGCCUUUGAAUCUAUUCAUAAAUACAUUUUUGACCUCAACAAAUAUAUGACCGACCUGGAAGAAGGUUUUUAUAUUCAACAAACCAUGGAAACGGUUAUGAUUAAUAUGGAUGGUAAACAAUUAAUGUGCGAAGCACUUUAUCUCUGUGGCGUCAUCCUUCUUACUGUUGACCAAAAAAUUGAAGGAUCGGUGCGAGAAAGAAUGUUAGUUUCUUAUUAUCGUUACUCUGCACAACGUUCCACAUCUGAUUCAAAUAUUGAUGACGUCUGUAAUCUUCUCCGUUCAACUGGCUACUCAUCGGUAACAAAUAAAAGACCUGUCAACUAUCCGGAGGAUUUUUUCAAAAGAGUACCCAUUAAUGCUGAAUAUCUUAGCUUAGUUAUUGGUCGAUUAAGGUUUGAUGAUGUUUAUAAUCAACUUUCAUCUUACCCAUACUCUGAACAUCGAAGCUUCGCCAUGUCUAAUCAAGCUGCAAUGUUAUAUGUCAUCCUCUACUUUGCGCCAGACUUUUUACACAACCAACAUGCUAAUAUGAGGGAAAUUGUGGACAAAUUUUUUUCUGAUAACUUUGUCAUCAACAUUUAUAUGGGAAUCAUUGUUAACCUUAUAGAAGCUUGGGAGCCUUACCGUGCAGCUAAAUCAGCCUUAAACAAUACAUUGGAAACAACUAGUCUACGUAAACAUGCGAUCUAUCACAAGAAUCAUCUAAAUAAAUUAUUACAGCAAACUACAGAUUUACUGAAAGAAGGAUAUCUUGAUGAAGAGGUGGUCUUAGAUUCCACAUCAAAGUUAACUAAUAUUUUGAGGGAAUGUAAUGUUACUCUUCGAUGGUUAAUGCUGCAUACAUUUUCAAACCCUAAUGUAGAGACCCAUUGGACAACCUUUAAAAAGUGUAAACAAUCUCGAGAUGUGAUAAUAAGCGAAACUGGUCAUGAUCCAGUGAAAAUUUUUGAACUGCUGAUGCAUACCUCACAAUUAGAAUUGAAAGUGAAAGAAAUUUAUAAACAAUUGCUCAAUGAAAAACGUGAAAAAUGGGACAAAUAUCAAAGUGAAGCUGUCGAUAGGAUAUCGGAAUUAUCGGAAGUAUUUUCUGGUAACAAGCCAUUGACCCGUAUUGAACCCAACUCUAGUCUUCAAGAAUGGUUUGGACAACUUGCAAGUCAAAUAAAAGCUCUUGAUCCAGACCAGUUGAAAAGUUCAAAUCGCAAAACUAUCCAAAUGAUCAAAGCUCUUGAUGAAAUUCAGGAUUUCCAUCAACUAGAAGGCAGUAUACAAGUUAAGCAACACUUGAUUGAUGCUAGAAAAUUUCUGUGUUGCAUGUUAAAAACUUCAGAUGUAAAAGAGCACGUACUCAUCACUCUACAGCUCAUUGGCGAUCUCUCUUAUGCUUGGUUAAUAAUUGACUCUUUCACCAAGUAUAUGCAAAAGGGUAUUCAAAAAGAUCCAACUCUAGUCAUUAAACUCCGAGCUACUUUUCUCAAGCUUGCCUCUGCUUUGGAUAUGCCCUUGUUACGGAUAAAUCAAGCAUCAAGUCCUGACUUGGUUCCCGUCUCACAAUACUAUUCAAGUGAAUUGGUUUCAUAUGUUAGAAAAGUUCUUCACAUCAUUCCCGACUCUUUAUUUCGCCUUAUGGCACGGAUAAUUGAAUUGCAAACAAAUCAAAUUCAAGAGCUUCCCACCCGAUUAAUGAAAGAUCAACUUCGAUCUUAUGCUUUUCUCGAAGAAAGAUAUGAAGUUGCUCAGUUAACUCAUUCCAUUUCUGUUUUUACCGAAGGAAUGCUCAUGAUGAAGACAACAUUAGUUGGUAUCAUUCAAAUCGAUCCCAAAAAGUUGCUAGAAGAUGGUAUCCGUAAAGAGCUAGUAAUCCAAGUUGCCAAAGCAUUACACCAAGGAUUAGUUUUCAAUCAAAGAGUAAAACCAAGUGAACUUGUUCCCAAGUUAAGAAUUAUCUGUAACAUCAUGGAUGGUUUACGUCGCUCAUUUGAAUAUAUCCAAGAUUAUGUGUGUAUUUAUGGUCUGAAGAUAUGGCAAGAAGAAGUCUCAAGAAUUGUCAGUUACAACGUUGAACAAGAAUGUAAUGCUUUUAUGCGUCACAAAGUUCUUGACUGGGAAAGUAUAUAUCAAUCGAAGACUAUCCCUGUGCCUAAAUUUCCUCCGUUGGAUCAAUUUUCAGUCAAUUUCAUCGGUCGAUUAACUCGGGAAAUUUUAAGAAUUACUGAUCCAAGAACCACCAUUUACGUAAACUCUUCAAGAACCUGGUAUGAUAAUAAAACACGCGCUGAAAUUGUUGACCCCAAAUUAUUUAAACUACUUUUACAAAGCACGGGAACAGCUGGAAUCAAUGGCCUUGAUCGAUUACUUUCAUUUAUGAUUGUCAGUGAACUGGGAAAAAUUGAAUCAUUAAUCGAGAAACAAUUGCUGAAUGAAAAGUGGUGGCACGAUACUGUGAUAAAUGUUAACAACUUUUUAUCUAAAAAUGAUUGCGAUAUGCCAUCAAAUCAAGCUAAUAAAUUGCAAUCACCAAUAACUUCUAGAAAUCCAAGAACUCUGCCAAUCAUUACUGAAUCAAUAAUGAAGAUUGGACAAAUGCAACUAAUCAAAAACAACAUAUCUUUUGAACUCAAGGAUAGCUGCAAUUAUCAAUCAAGGAAUUUAAGAUCCGCUUAUGAAACUCUCAACGAGGCCUUAUUAACUGAACUUAAACGAGAUCCUAAAAAAUAUUUAGCCAAGGAGGAAAGUGCUCUUGUCUACGAAUUAACCAAUUAUUUAGAAUGGUCUGGAAUAUCAGAUCCUCUUUCAAAAAUUACAUUGGAUCUACUUUACCUCCGUACAUGGAUUUAGUUUGUCUUGUAAUUGUGAUUUUAUCUAAUCCUAAAUUCAUUUACGUUGAUAAAAUUCAUGGAUUGACUGCCAAGAAA